AUGAACAAAUUUGAACAACCAAAUAAGACAACAAAAUCUAAAGAUGGGGUCGAUUUCAUCAGUAACAUGCCGGAUUCUAUUCUUCUCUUGAUUCUUUCCUUUCUUUUCUUUACAGAAGAAGUAAUUCAAACCAGCAUUUUGUCCAGACGAUGGAGGUAUUUGUGGACUUCAAUUCCCUCUCUAGACUUAUUUUCCCGAUUUCACCGAGAAGACAAAUUAAAAACAGACGAAUUCAAAGACUUUGUGUUUUGGGUUUUAGCAAACAGAUCCAGCGAUUUGUAUCGUUUUAGUUUAGAUUGUUAUGAUUACUACAGCAUGUCGACAGUAAGACGGUGGAUUCACAUGGCCGUUACAAGAAACGUCAAACAACUUCAGUUGACGUUUUACCCUGAAGACGAGAAUGAGGAUGUCGAGCUCCCCCAUUGUCUUGUGACUUGCUGUUCUUUGGAGGCAUUAAUGUUGGAUUUGAAUUAUCGUGGUCUAAAGUUGCCUAAUAUUAUCGGGUUUCCUGGGCUUAAGGAUCUUUAUUUGGCCUAUAUUGACUUGAGAGACGGCAAUGUGGUAAAAGGUUUUCUGGAAAGCUGCCCUUCACUUGAGUAUCUGGGUUUGUUAGACUGCAUGCUAUGCAAACUUGAUCUUCUUUGUAUUUCAAGUCCGAAGCUCAAGAAGCUUAGCAUUCUUAAUGUGGCUCUUAUGGAUGAUGGCCAGAGUGGCGGAGUUAAGAUUUGUUGCCCAAAACUGGUGGAUUUGGAGUUAAGAGGUCUUAUAGCAAAUAAUUUUUUGUUUGAAUGUCUUGACUCCUUAAAUAAAGCAGGGAUUGAGCCUAAAUUGACGGGGAACAUCAAAUCUGUAUUGUUUCCUGGAAUUUCUCAUGUGGAAUAUUUGUGGAUCGACCUUUACUUCUUUAGUCAGGUAAUUCAUAGGGAAAAAUAUGACACUUGGAGAUGUUUGAAAUGCAUUAAUGUUGCAUGUAAUCCGGCUCUACCUAAUUUGAAGACUUUGGCGCUAAUCACAGCAGUUGAUGCCUUCACCAUGGAUGAACUCAUUCGAAUUCUCAAAUAUUAUCCCAAACUAGAGUCUCUCAAGUUAAUUGUUAAAGAGGAAUUCGAUGGGCCGGAAGAGCGGGAGUUGCAUGAAGGUGAUGCAAGAAAAAUGAUGACUCAAGAUGUGAAAAAGGUUGAGUUUUUUGAAUUUAAGGGAGAAAAGCCGAAACUCGUUUUAGAUUGGCAUGAAGUCACAAUUAUGGAAAUGGUUUUUAGUUGGGGUACCAAAGGCAAGUACUUUUCUUAUAAUAGAUUAUGA